AUGACGCGCACAACUACAGCAAACUCAUCCGUCAUCGAGAGAUUCAGCGGCACCACGAGCACAACGACCAGCACAAACAAUGUCCUAGCAGCACCGAAAUCAUCAAACGGCAAUAAACGACCGGCCAUCAUCAUUUAUCCCACUGUAACCCCAGAGUCUAUUGUUGUGCCAAUUGUGUCCUGCAUUUUCGGCUUCCCACUUCUGGCUUUGACGGUUAUUUGCUGUUUGCGGCGUAGAGCUAAAUUAGCCAGAGAGCGCGCAAGGAGACGCAAUUGCGAACUUGAUCGUGGAGAGCUUUCUGUUGUUCGCUUAUCACCAGUGAAGAACAGACCUCGUGCUGUCAGCUUGGUGAGGUCACCGCGACCUCCUCCCACCUUGGAGCUAGAUACAGUAUUGGAAGAACGCUCUGACCCUGAACAAACGACGCUAUCACAGGUAGACAUAACUCCAGACCGUGAAGUUGGUACGAUUCUAUUCAGCGCCAUAGGAGCCGUUGGUAGCGCGGCGGUAUCUGCGGCGGCUUGUGCUAGAGACAGCUAG